AUCAGGGACUGAUUUAGACCUGGGACCCCAGCUGUGUGCUAUUACUUAUUAGGUAAGACAGAAAACCAGCAGGCUUCUGACCUCGUAGUGUAAGAGUUGAAUACCCCUGCAGCCUACUCAGUGUGUGAAAAGGAGAGGAAAAGCUAUGCAGCUGGCAAGACGCAGGAGAACAAGGAAAAUAGCAACGGAGGACAAAAGCAAGUGAAACUGCCUGCCAUCUUGACCACAAUGCACCUGACUAUAAACCUGCUCUGCCUGCUGGUCCUGACCUUUCACCCUGACCUGGCCAUGGGAGGAAGAUCCCAGCGCAAACAAAGGCAGGCUGAGGACAGUCUAAGACCAUACCUGGGUAGAGUGGACCCAGUCCAACUGUGUGAGCUGCUGAAGUGUCACAGUCCAAUGGGCUCCUGGUGCCAAGUGGUGCGGGACAACGAAGUCCUCGUCCCAAAGUGUGUGUGUCCGAAGACCUGCCCACGGCAGGGGGCACCAGUGUGCAGCGUUCUGGGAAAGACCUAUGGGAAUGAGUGUCUGCUGCAUAGAGAAGCCUGCCGCAAGAGACGUCGCAUUGGACUGGCUCAUAUAGGACCCUGUCUUGUUCCCAAGGCAAACUGCACAGAGGAGGAGUAUGGCCAAUUCCCAUACCGUCUAAUGGACUGGUUCCUCCUAUUAAGUCGUAUGGGAAAGUCUUAUGCCCCCUAUGCCCUGCCCCAGAGCUGCCUGAGCCAUACCCAGCGCACCCAACUAGCCCAGCGGCGGUUUGCCCUGCUGGACAGGAACAAGGACGGGAAGCUGAGCCAGAGGGACCUGAGGAAGUUGCGCUACAAGAGAAUGCCUCUCGAGCAAUGUGCUAACUUCUUCUUCCAGUCAUGUGACCAUAACAAGAACAGUAAGGUGACCCUGCAUGAAUGGAUCUCCUGUCUGGUGGAUCGCUCAGAGAGCUGGUUCCAAAACUUCAUGUCUAUGCAAAUGGGAUCCGGUAAGCUGUGUCCCAUGAAGACCGACAACCACCUUUGACCUGGACAUGAACACAUCUCCUCUCGCUUGUCUACAUGUGCAUCUGUUUAUCACUGCUAUCUACAAUAAUAAGCAUACAAAAUUAUCCACUUUUGUCCACUUCCAGCAUCAUACUCCCCUAACUGUCACACUCAGGACUGUGUUUGUUUUUGACUUAUGACAUCUGUUUUGUGACGGUCACUGUACAUUCAUCUGUGUGGAGAAAUGGCCUGUAAUAAAUGUCUGAGACCUGA